AAAAAAGCAGCCCAUUUUGGAUAGAAGCGUCAAAUGAUGACUGUACAAAAAAAGCCCACUACGACAAGGGAAGCAAAAACAAUGCCUUGUUAGGCCCAAUUGAACAGGCACAGAGAGAGAGAGCCAAACCUACGAUUGCGAUUGCGAAUGAACAUUCUACCUGAAAAAACCUCAAAGUUUCGUUCACUCCAAACGUGGUAUAUGCAUACCCAAUUGACUUCCAGUGGUGCGAUACCGAUCUCAUGAAGGAGUUGCAAUUCAUUGGACAUGAGUAUGAACCACAUAUAUUCAGGAUGAAUCACCAGAUUAGUUAAGAGUGUUCAAAUACUUUUGCAUGGAAUUCUACCAUGAACAGACUCAGCAUGAAAACGGCUACCAAACUCAACGAACCAACCAAACCUGCAUUUCUAGAAUCAACCAUUCAAUCAUUAUGCAAUUUGGGAAGAUUACAAAGCGCUCUGAAACUGUUAUUUUCCCGACCAUUUGAGCCGGAUUACUCUUCGUAUUCAAAGAUUUUGCAGCUUUGCAUUGAUAAAAAUGCUGAAAAAGAGGGCCAUUUGAUCCACAACCAUCUCUUAGCAAAUGGGUUUGGUUCAAAUCUGUAUUUAAACACCAAAAUGAUUAUAUUUUAUGCGAAAAUCGGUGACAUGGUCAAUGCUCGUAAAGUGUUCGAUAAAAUGCCUGAAAAGAGUGUCGUUUCUUGGACAGCAUUGUUGUCUGGGUACUCUCAGAAUGGAUUUUCAAAGGAAGCCCUGAUGGUGUUUUCGGCAAUGCACCGGAACAGCGUUAAAGCUAAUCAGUUUACUUAUGGAAGUGCUUUGAGGGCUUGUACGACUAUGAUGUGUUUGGAUAGAGGGAAGCAGAUCCAAGGAUGUAUAUGUAAGGGAAGGUUUGUUGAGAAUUUGUUUGUCCAGAGUGCAUUGGUUGAUUUGCAUUCCAAGUGCGGGAAAAUGGAGGAUGCUUGUUAUGUUUUUGAGUCGAUGUCAGAGAGGGAUGUGGUUUCUUGGAAUGCGAUGAUUGGUGGGUAUGCCGUUCAGAGGCUCACUAAUUGUGCCUUUAAAAUGUUCCGUUCAAUGCUUAGAGGAGGUAUGAUCCCUGAUUGCUUCACCUUGGCAAAUGUUCUGAAAGCUUCCACCGGCGGUAGUUGUCUCAUGACAGUCAACCAAGUACAUGCAUUUGUCAUCCAUUUGGGUUUUGGGUCUUAUAAUGUUUUGAAUGGAUCGCUGAUCGAUGCAUAUGCAAAAUGUGGAAGUGUGAGGAGUGCGAAGUGUAUAUACAAGAAUAUGCUGAAAAAAGAUACAAUAUCAUGCACAGCAUUGAUCACUGGAUAUGCACGUGAAGGUAUCUGUAGUAGAGAUGCCUUGAUUCUCUUUGGUGGGUUACAUCAGAUGCACUUAGGGAUUGAUGGUGUUAUAUUAUGCUCCUUGCUCAACAUAUGUGCCAAUACAGCAUCACUUGACAUAGGAAGACAAUUACAUGCUUUGACUUUAAAAUAUCCACUUAGUCAUGAUAUGGCCUUAGGCAAUGCUCUUAUUGAUAUGUAUGCAAAAUCUGGAGAAAUUUCAGAUGCUAAUCAUAUUUUUGAGGAGAUGGAGGAUAAAAAUGUUAUUUCAUGGACGUCACUGAUUGCUGGGUAUGGGAAACAUGGCUAUGGACACAAGGCAAUUGCACUAUAUAGAAAGAUGGAAUGUGAAGGGUUGAAGCCAAAUGAUGUCACAUUCUUGUCUCUUCUCUUCGCAUGUAGCCAUAGUGGAUUGACUGGUGAAGGAUGGGAAUGUUUCAGUAAUAUGGUCGGCAAAUACAAUAUCUUGCCUAGAGCGGAGCAUUAUUCUUGUAUGGUGGACCUCUUUGCACGUGGAGGCCUGUUGGAGGAAGCCUAUGAUUUGAUAUGCAAAAUGGAUGUCAAACCAAAUGCUUCGCUUUGGGGUGCGAUUCUUGGGGCAUGUAACAUAUAUGGCAAUAUGUCUCUUGGAGAAGUAGCAGCCAAGCAUCUAUCUCAUCUAGACCCUGUGAACUCAGUCAACUAUGUGGCUUUGGCAAACAUAUAUGCUGCAGCUGGCUUGUGGGACAAUGCUUGGAAGACGCGGAAGUUGACUGAAGUGAGAAGUAUGAAAAAGAAUCCUGGAUAUAGCUUUUUUCUUUCCACAAAUAAGAGGGUAGCUCUUCUGCAGACUGCAGAGAAGUUAAAAUUACAGAACUGACUAAUUUUGCAAAGUUGGCUUUUGAGAUAGUGGCUGAAUUGUUACCUGAUGCAAAAGACUGCUUUGAUACCAAAAAUGAUUUACCCACAAAAGUGAAGAUUAUUAUUAGAAAGGAGGGUGGCCGCUCCAUCUUGACCUGGUGGUCACAAGUUCGAUAUAAGGAAACUUCCUCAAAGGUAAGGCUGCGUACAUCUAACCCUUUCCCAGACCAGUAAUGGUGGGAGUCUCAUCCACUGGACCAAUCCAUUUUAUUAAACAAAUUGGUGAUGAUACAAAGGAAUUAGUGGGAGUCUAGGAGAUGGUAACGUCAACUCAUUAUGAUCCAAGGGCAUUAGGAUGUCAUCAUUGUACUUCUCUUGGUCGGAUUCUCAUAAUCAUUCUGAGCUUCAAACAUUCAGCAACACAGCUGAAAUCUGAUCAAGAAGCUGCCGUGAAAACUGCUUGGAAACCAGAAGCAGUGGCAGUCCAAAUUGGGAACAAUCAUUUUCUUUCAGAAAACUAUUGGCUGCAAAUUGAGAAAUGGAGUAUCUCCUUGCGGUGAUAAUAAUCAUGCUGAAGAGAAACAGAUGCAUUUAUGAAUGGCACAUGUUGGUCUGAAGGUUUCAAUUCGCACAGUAAACUUUCUGCUCUAGCUAUUUGUUUCUUCCUCAUCUUCACUCAUUGAUUUAAGCUUCAAGAAAUGGAAAACUAUUUAGGUGUUCAUUCCUCUAAUAUUGAUGAAAAUGAGAGAAGAAAAUAAAGGAAGUACAUCUUCGGUUUUCAUGUAAUUAUAAUGGCGAGUUGCAGUUGUGUGGUGGUAUGAGAAGUAUAGAAGCAAAGGUUCCCGGCCGCCUGCCUCCUUGUGUGGAAAUGCUUCUGGAUAAGGAGCCCUCACAAGAUUUGAAAAUGGCACGGGAAUUAUAUUUACGCCGCCUUUAUUAUGGGAGUGAGAGUGCUUGUAUUGAACAAGUAUGCCUUAACAAAGAAAACCUUUGAUAAUUUAUGCAAGAUUCUGAACAAGUAUGCCUUAACGAUACGAUGCAUGUUUGUGUUGAAGAAGUGGUUUGAGGUAGAAGCUGGAUUAGCAAGGCAAUCUGUUCAUGGUGAUGAUGACUUGGAAGUUGCCGAGGAAAUUGAUUUUCAUGGUGGGGCAAUCCCUUAUAGCUAAUACAAAUCGUAUUGGGACAAUCUAGACAUCAAAUGAAUGGACUCAAAGAGACGCACUGGCACAAGCAAUGUUUGCCGAAUAUCAACAAAGAAGAGGAAAUUUAUGAUGCAUUCCUUGUUUGGCUUUGUCCUUGUUUGCUCUAUUAUGAUGUUUAUAUGUAGUUUGUGUUUGGGACUUGGGAUGGUGUUGAUGUAAUGUUUUUUUGUGUUAAUGGAUUUUACUUGGGAUUGGAUAAGGUAAUGUGAAUUGAGAAUUGAGAA